UGGGUGUGGGGGGUGUGCCCUGGCUCAGCAGCCUCCGCGCGCCACAGUGCUGGAGCAGACAGCCGCGCUGCCGGACGCACGCGCUAUCCACGGUACUUUAGCUGAGCUGGAAGAGGCGGCAGCGGAGGAAGAACAAGGAGAAGAAGAAGAAGAAGAAGACGAUGUCAGUGGCAGUGAAGAAAAAAAAAGGCGUUAAGGCCGAGUUAAGAAAGUGCGCGUGGCGUUCCUGGAGGCUCGUUCCUCACCUGCUGCUGUGUCUGUCCCUGGUCGCGUACGCGGCGCUAGGCGCGCUCAUGUUCGCGCACAUUGAAGGAAACGGCUUAAAGGUGUUGAAUUAUACUAGACCGCCCGAGUACCAGCGCUUCCUGACUCGGAUUGUCAGCACCGUCCAGAACCUCACCAACAAUGCCUCCGCCACACAGCAAGACAUCGUGGAUAGAGUGGCGACUCAGAUGGAUGACUUCCAGUCCAUAUGGCUCCAGAGACCUGCCGAUUGGGAUUUGUAUGGCUCCAUGUUCUUCUGCUGCACUGUAUUCACAACCGUUGGGUAUGGAAAGAUCUAUCCGGUUACCAUGACUGGUAAGGUGGUGUGUGUCUUGUAUGCCAUGGUGGGCAUCCCUUUAAUGCUUCUGGUCAUCCUCGAUGUGGGAGAUUUCCUCGCUAUGCUGAUGUCUAGAGCCUACGUGCACAUUCACACCCUCUGCAAAACCCUCCGCUCCCACACCUGGUUUCCGUGGAAGGUCCGGAAGAGGACAAGGGACUCAAGCAACCCGGCUCUGGAGAACGGUAACUUUUUUUUCAGCCACGACGUUGUGGUCCGUGAACCCCUUGACAUCCGGCACGUACUGCACAGCCAGGCGGAUGUACGGCACAACUCCAUCAUGCUCCAAAACAACAAAGAGAUCUUUGAGAAGAUUCUUGCCAGGGAGAAUUUACUUAGACAGGGCCCACUGCUCAGGAGCCUCUCUUGCCCAGAGCUAGACCGACUGCCACCAUCACCCAAAGGAUAUGCCAUUUGGGACUUCACAGGGUUAGGGGAUGGAAUGGAAAUGCUGGAUGUACCCUUUGUACUGAUUCUUUUCAUCGUGUUUGCCUACAUUUGUUUAGUAGGUUUGAUUCUGCCACUGUGGGAAACAGAAUUGCAUGGCUUUGACCCCUACUACUUCUGCUUUAUCACUCUCACUACCAUCGGUUUUGGUGACAUUGUACCAAAUCACCCUAAGUACUUCAUGCUAACCUCACUCUUCAUCAUUGUUGGCAUGGCCAUCAUGUCCAUGGCUUUCAAGCUAAGCCAAGCACGAAUUGUAAGCUUCUACCGCCAAUGCAUCAAGUUCCUCAGCAGAGGAAAUGUGGAGACUUUGAAAGAUCAAGAGAAUGACUAAGUCACAAAGAGAAUAUCUGUACUAAUGUCCAUGAGUUGUACAAGCUCACAGUCUGUGGGAACUUGUCCAGUGCAUUAUUUGUACUGGCUGUUUGGUAAUAAGCAUGAGCAAAGCAAAAAGUGUGCAUGUGACAAAUGCUUUUGCCCAGUUAAGAAGGCUGAUAUUGAAAACGUUACCUAACAAGAAUGACCUCAAAUUCUGAGUAUCUAGCUGCAGUAGCAAGAACAUCAAAAAAGAUGCAACUGGUCUGAUCAGGGCGUCGUCAAUAAAAAGGCAUGCAGUGCGCCACAAGCUUUGCAACCUGCAAACGUGCACUGUCUGACCACGGCCUAAAGAUAUACAGAGGAUGGGCACCAUAGUGUUGCAUUUGAUUACAAGUGACGACUCUGGAUUCCCUACUUACAUUUAAGAAAAUCUAAAUGAAUUUCAAAUUCAGUUUUGUUCAUUAAUUUAUACUUGAUGUCAAACAUGAUGUCAAAUGAACGUGGCUGCCCACAUGUUCAGACGUUUUACUGAUUAUAUGAGCGACAAUAAUUUUUUUCCUAAUUUAAACUUGGAGUAUAAAUUAUCAGAAAUGGUUAAACCUGCAGAUAAUAAUGCUAUCCACUACAAUAGUUCUGCAAUAAAUAAUAAUGAAGGGGCAGUGUUUGUUAUUUAUUAUUAUCAUCAAUUCUCUUUACAAUUUAUAUUUUUUGUUUAUUUUUGGAGUGUCUUU